AUGGCGCUGCGGCGAGCAGCGCAAGACGAUGACAUAGAAAGUCAAAGCACAGAAAAGGACGAGUCCUUUGCAGUUGGCCAGGUCACCAUCCGGCUUCCGCUGGAUCUCAACCCGCUCUCCUUAAUGGCACUGGUGCUGAGCUUUCUUCCGUGGGCCGUGCCAAUCCUGCUCCUCGCAGAUGGCAUCCUGUCCAGGCGGAUUUCGAGCGGAUUUGCUCUGGGUGCAAUAAUUCUGACCAGCCUGGUGAGCGAGUUGAUUCUGAAGCCGCUGAUUGCGGAGCCGCGCCCACCCACCUCGGCUUGCAGGACGGAAGACGGCAAGUUACUUCCCGGCAUGCCGUCUGGUCACGUGAUGAUUUGUCAGAGCAUGCUUACAUUCUAUGCCCUCGAGGCUAUGCGGCACCAUUUGCUAGUGGCAGCCUUGAUUCUGAUUCUGUGCAUGCCACUAAUGCCCUGGGCACGUUGGUACAAUGGUGAUCACACUUUAAAGCAGGUGGCUGUCACCUUCGUAGUUGCUGCAGUGGUCGGUUUACUGGACUUCUUAAUCUUCCUCGCUCUCUUCGAUGACGGCGGUCACGACCCACAGAAGGUUCUCUUCACAGAAGUUGCCUCCAUUCCAACUCCAGGUGUGAUUCUUGGGGCGCAUCAAGGGUAA